ACACUGAAAAUAUAGAAAAUGAUUUCAUGCAUUCUACAUACCGAAUAUUAGAUUUUUACAAAGGACUUAAAUAUGGAUAUGAAAAUGUCUGAAGAAGGAAAAGAAGCAUCCACUGCACAGAGUAUUGUCCAGAAGUCGGCAUACGCGAGGAAGAAGACUGUAGCUGAGGGUCUUCUAGACGUGGGACUGUUAGUAGCCAACGCCUCCCAGCUAAAGGCUCUACUUGACCGGGGGGAGUCACACAGCUACUAUUACCCCCUCCUGGUCCUCCUAAUACUGUCUAUUGUAGUACAAGUCAUCAUUGGAUUUAUUCUAUUGUUUCUGGGGACCACGGAGGGGAAUUUAGACAAGGACAAAAGAUCGAACAUGGUGAACAAUGUCGUGAUCGGACUUAUAUUUGGUACUUUGAUUCUGAACAUAAUUAUUGGGGUAUUCGGAGUUUCUCUAUGACAUUGUGAUGGUGUUUGACAUUUCUUCUUAUACUUAUUUCCUUGGUAUUUUUUAAUUGACUUAAACUGUUUAAAUAUAUAUUGUUUAUAUCGGUUUAUCAGAUAUACGUAAUUUUACGUAAUGCUGACUAUAUUUGAAGCAUAACUGCUUCAAUAUCAUUCGAAUACUUCUUGAGGCUAAAUGUAUGAGAUAGAAUUCAGGAUCCUUGACACAACAUUUCACUUCAAGUGAUUAUUAUUGAAAUAGAAAGCUGAAUAGAUAAGUGGUUGAAACCUCGAACAAACGGAAGUUAAAGGAUGAGGGAUACACGAGACAGAAAUCCUGAACAUUUUUAUCAUAUUCUUCCAUUGCAUAACAUAACGAUGCUUGGAAAAAAAGGAACACUUUGAGUUGUCAUAAUAAAGUGCACAUACUCCAUUUCCCUUAAAUAUGUUACAUGUAUCCAUUACUUUUAUUGGAUGUGUUUAAAGAUUUUCACUUUUCUCAGU